UCCUACGUAGCACUGAGACUUGCACCACCCGUAGUACGCACGCCAUGCAGCUCGCCGCGGUGUACACGGACCCUUGGGUGCUCUCCGCCACCGCCCUCUUCGUCCUCGUCCACCUCCUGCUCCGGCACUUCCGCUCCGGCGGCCGCCGCCUCCCGCCGGGACCGCGCGGCUUCCCGAUACUCGGCGCGCUGCCGCUCGUCGGCCCGACCCCGCACACCGGGCUGGCGGCGCUGGCCCGGAAGCACGGCCCGGUCAUGUACCUCAAGAUGGGCACCUGCGGCGUCGUGGUGGCGUCGUCCCCCGCGGCGGCGCGACAGUUCCUCAAGGUGCAGGACGCGCGCUUCGCCGACCGCCCCGCCGUCGCCAGCGCCGUGGACAUCACGUACGGCUUCCAGACCAUCGCGUUCGGCAUGCAGGGGCCCCGGUGGAAGCAGAUGCGCAAGCUGUCGACCGUGCACCUGCUCGGGGCGCAGGCCAUGGCGGAGUGGGCGUCCGUUCGCCGGGACGAGGCCGGCCGCCUGCUGCGCGACGUGGUCGGGGCCUCCGUGGCCGGCGAGCUGAUCUCCGUGCCGGACGUGCUGGUGCGCGCGUUCGCCAACAUCGUCGGGCAGAUCACGCUGAGCAAGAGGCUGUUCGACACCCAGGGCGACGAGGCCAACAGAUACAAGGAGAUGAUCACGUUGGUGCAGAGCGGGUCGGGGCUGUUCAACAUCAGUGACUUCGUGCCGGCCCUGUCACGCUUCGACCUGCAGGGCGUGCAGGCGAAGCUGCGGAAGAUCCACCUCCGCUUCGACGACAUGAUCACCAGCCUCCUGGACGAGCACUCGGCGACGGCCACGCAGCGGCAGGGCCGGCCGGACUUCAUCGACAAGCUGAGGGCCAGCAUGGCCGCCAAGGACAGCAAAGACGACGCCGACACGAUCUCCGAAGUCAACGUCAAGGGAUUCGUGUUUGACAUGUUCACGGCCGGCACGGACACGGCGUCGAUCAUCGCGGAGUGGGCGAUGGCGGAGAUGAUGAAGAACCCGUCCAUCAUGGCGCGCGCGCAGGAGGAGAUGGACCGCGUGGUCGGCCGCGGCCGCCGCCUCGAGGAGUCGGACGUCGCCGGCCUCCCCUAUCUGCAGGCCGUAUGCAAGGAGGCGAUGCGGCUCCACCCCUCGACGCCGCUCAGCAUCCCGCACUUCUCCGGCGAGGAGUGCGAGGUGGACGGGUACCACAUCCCGAAGAACACGCAGCUGCUCGUCAACAUCUGGGCCAUCGGCCGGGACGCGGCGACGUGGGAGGAGCCGCUGGAGUUCCGGCCGGAGCGGUUCCUGUCCGGGCCGGCGGCCAGUGUGGACGCGCUGGGGAACCACUUCGAGCUCAUCCCCUUCGGCGCCGGCCGGAGGAUCUGCGUGGGGAAGCUGGCCGGCAUGGUGUUCGUGCAGUACUUCCUGGGCAUGCUGGUGCACGCGUUCGAUUGGCGGGUGGCGGAGGGCGAGAAGCUGGACAUGGAGGAGCAGUUCGGACUCACGAUGCCCAAGGCCGUGCCGCUGCGGGCCAUUGUCACGCCACGGUUGGCGCCGGCCGCCUACGCGUGACGGGCGCGUCCCGUCACGUGUGCACGUCUGCGCGGAUGAGAUGCGGCCAUGCGGGUUCUGUAUGGAUCGAUUGUCCACUUUUUUUUAUCGUAUUUGUAUUGAAUGUACAUGAAAUGCCAAGAGGUCGAUCAAUGAAAAUAAGUUAUGCUGCCUUUUUCUACUUCGUCGUUCCUAGCUUCGGCUGCUUUGCUAUGUUCUUCUCUUGUCCAUCAAUGAAAAUCAGCUAUGCUGCUUUUUCGUCAA